AUGAGGCUGGGAUUCAUCUGUGCUCUGCUUUCUCUCCUGGAAGGGCAAAGCUGGGCAGACCCCCGAGCCAUCGGGGCCGAGGAAUGCCGCCCCAACUCGCAGCCCUGGCAGGUUGGGCUCUUCUUCCUCACCCACCUCUUCUGCGGGGCGACCCUCAUCAGUGACCGCUGGCUGCUCACAGCUGCCCACUGCCGCAAGCCGUAUCUGUGGGUCCGACUCGGGGAGCACCACCUCUGGAAAUGGGAGGGUCCAGAGCAGCUGUUCCGGGCCACAGACUUCUUCCCUCACCCUGGGUUCAACCAGAACCUCAAUGCCCAAGACCACAAUGAUGACAUCAUGCUGAUUCGUCUGUCCAGGAAGGCAUUUCUGGGACCUGCCGUGCAGCCCCUCAACCUCAGCCGGACCUGCGUCUCCCCAGGCACCCAGUGCCUAAUCUCAGGCUGGGGGGCCACGUCCAGUCCUAAGGCGCAGUACCCACUCACGCUGCAGUGUGCCAACAUCAGGAUCCUGGAGACCAAACUCUGCCAUCGGGCAUAUCCAGGCCACAUCUUCUACCGCAUGCUCUGUGCCGGCCUUUGGGAGGGCGGCCGGGGCUCCUGCCAGGGUGACUCUGGGGGCCCCCUGGUUUGCAAUGGGGCCCUGGCAGGUGUGGUGUCCGGGGGCUCGGAGCCCUGCUCCAGACCCCAGCGCCCUGCCGUCUAUACUAGUGUGUGCCACUACCUGGACUGGAUUCGAAAAACCAUGGAGAACAACUGA